AUGGAUGAAUGCAGUUUACAAGAUGCAGGUUUCUUUGGCAAUAUUCAUACAUGGAGUGACAAUAGGGGACCUCCUACCACCAUCUGGAUGAGACUUGAUAGGUUACUCUAUAAUGAAGAAUGGGCAGAUGAGUUCUCAGAAACUACAGUGCAACACCUGGCUAGAGUAUGCUCGGAUCAUGCGCCUUUGUUGAUCACAAUGAGGAAGGUGCUUGCUAAUGUUCCUAGAUACCUCAAAUUCCUAGAUUUUUGGACAGAACAUGAAUCUUUUGAAGCAGUGGUUAAAGAAGUAUGGCAAGAACCAGUGGAAGGCAACCCAAUGUGGAUUCUGCAUCAGAAAUUGAAGAAAACUAACAAGAGGGCUGAAUUGAAUGAAGCUAAAGCAGAGUAUGUACAGUUUCUCAAGUUGCAAGAAGUUGUUCUUAGACAAAAAGCCAAAGCUAACUGGUUGACUGAUGGAGACAGGAAUACCGCCUAUUUUCACAGUGUGAUUAAAGGAAGAAGAAAGAAACUAAGCCUUCAAAGAAUUCAGGACAAUACUGGACAGUGGAGAGAAGGUACUGAAGAUGUGGCAAAUGCUUUGGUUGACUAUUUUCAGAAUAUCUUCAAUUCAGACAAUAGUACAGGGGAUUUUAGAAGUCUGAAUUGUAUCAGUCCAAGGGUCACGUAA